AUGUGUAGGUCGCUCGAAGCACCCUCUGCCCCAGAGAGUGUGGGUGCGGCGGAUGCAUUGGAGACCCCCUCUUUGGCCAUCGGAGAUCCUCAUCACUUACACGAGGCCGAUAAGAACGGCGACGGCGACGACGUGAUCGCAGCGAACACUCCUAUCGGUCACGGUCCGGGACUGAAGAUCCAAACCGCGCAAACGUAUCAGCCCAACCAUUUCAGAUCAGACGAGGACGAACCACCGCAGUCGGUGAUACAUGCGCCACCUGGAUUUGGAGAAUUUACAGGUACAGUGCAUACAUCGGACGAGGAUGGUUGCGACGAUGAAGAAUCAUCUUCGUCUUCGAUCUCAGAUCACGCCGAACCUCUGUAUAUUCCGAAGAGCACCAGUGGGAUUGGCAAUAGUCCUGUCUCGCCGCCUCCAUUGACCACCACCAUCGCACCUGUAUUGGCUGAUAGGGCAACUCCUCGUGCCCAGACACGAAACGAUGACUUCGACGAAAUCGGACGACGCACCCAUUCAAGCAGUUUAGAAGACAUACCUGAAGGUAAAUUUUUGGAUCACAGCAUACUCCCAUCCUAUACAGUACUCGCACGGGCCAAAGCCAAAUCGAGCAUCUAUAUCUCCAUCUGUAUCUCCAUCUGCAUCUCCCAUACUUAUAUUAUCCUAGGAACUUUUGGUAAUAAAGAAACUGAAAUCAACGUUCUACGAGCGGCUCUAACCGAAUGCUGGACAUUAUGCAACACGCUCGCGAACUUGAGUUAUAUUAAUCGACAACGGUUGUUUGAAUCCUAUCAAGAUAACAUGCAGGAAGACGCUUGGAGAUCUUGCUGGAGACUGUGCCAAAAGCUUUAUGAUACUCAUGACGACGACUAUGCAUCGCAAGUUAAUCCAACCCUUGAUCUCUGCCGAGACUUCUGCCAAGCGCUGUUUGAAGUUCGAGUUUCCGAGAAUGAUCUGGCCGAUUCGGUCUUGCGAGUCAGCUUUGAGCUGAAUAAUCAUCUUUAUAAUACACACGACCGCAACCUUCCUGAUGCCUUCCGGGAACGAACGCUUGAUUUCUAUAUCACACUGUGCCACCGACUCAUGAAGCAACGAACUCGCUUGACGGAGACAGACUCUCUCCUGAGCGCUUGUUGGACAUUGGCUGAAAUGCUGUUCAGCAUCCGCCAGAGUAAACGAGAAGGGAAAACGUUGGACGAGGAUCUGCUCGGCUCCGCCGUUCAAGCAUGUUGGGAGCUCUGUGAUAUCUUCCGUGAGGGGUGGACUAUGCACAGUAUGCGCAAUUCAGACCGCGGCACGCCACGCCCUAGCCAAACUACAUUUGCGCAGGUUUUUCAGCAAGUAGCGCAGCAGUCCGAGGUCGAUCUUAUGGAUGAUGUAUCCGUUCAAAUGGGAAAUCCGGAAACACCCACAACUAUCUUCGAAGAUACAGCUACUGUUUCGCCCGAUGAAGCCACGAUUCCAAACAUACUUGUUCUAGGCCAUGGAAAUGGCCACGCUUCUCAUUCGGGUUGGCCCUCCAGUGCGUCGAGUAUCUCAGAGAAGUCUCGAUCAUCUGGGCAAACGGCUUCCUCGGCAAACACGGUGACCACAAUCUCGGAGGAUCCUAAUUUUACCAGGCUCAAGGUUCUCAUCACCAAGGCCGCUAUAAAUAGUGGUUAUCAACAAGGCGGUGCUCAGAAUAUGUCGUCCUUUGUCAAAUCUUUGUCCUCGGACUCUUUUGGUUCGGCGCCCUGGCAGACGUCGCUGCUGAAGAAUUACCGAAAGCUGGUGGCUUAUGAUCCUGCUUUCAGAAAUAGUGGCUUACAGGCCCGUGUCAGUGCCAUUGAGGUGGGCCGGGCAUGUCAGGCAAUGCUUCAGAAUGGGCAGUACUCUUGGCUGCGGGAUCUAUAUCGGCUGGUCUUUGGGUUUCACAUAGAGGAGGCAAUGACCAGGAAAGGGGUGACUAUUCAGACAUAA